AUUUAUUAAUUGAAGAAGAAGAAGACGACGAAGGCUGGACUGAACUCCCUCCAUAAAUACAUCAAUCCCCUUCAAUCUUCAUCAUACUAUUACCCAAACCAAACAUCUCUCUUAAAUUCUUGAUUUCAAUCCAAGGUUUCUAUUCUGUUUGUGUAUGAAGUAUGGAUCUUUCAAGAAGACAACAUGAUCAGGAAAUGGACAGUCAAACCCUAGAAAGCAUGUUGGUUUGCACAAAGCCACAGAUAGAGAAGAAGCCAAAGCCUCAACCAGAGCAAGCAUUGAAAUGUCCAAGAUGUGAUUCUUCAAACACGAAAUUCUGUUACUACAAUAAUUACAGUCUUACUCAACCAAGAUACUUCUGCAAAUCAUGUAGAAGGUAUUGGACUCAAGGUGGAACAUUGAGGAAUGUUCCUGUUGGUGGUGGUUGUAGGAAGAACAACAAAAGGUCAUCAUCUUCUUCAUCUAAUUCAUCUUCAACAUCGAAGAUUAGAACCCACAUAGAGAAUCAACUUGAACAUCAUCAUCAGCAGCAACACCAGCAGCAGCAACAACUAUGUCAUCUCCAGUCUUUGACAUAUGAUCAUUCAAGCCAUGAUCUUGCACUUGCAUUGGCUAAGUUUCAGAAACAGUCAAAUGGGCAGAUGAGAUUUGAUGAUUCUGAUAAUACCCAUAUGGUUGGGAUUCUUGGAAAUCAGAUUGAAUCAUCUAAUAUGAAUUUCAAUAAUCUGUAUUAUGGGGAAAUGGGUUAUAACAAUGUGGGAAAUGGGGGAGGGAUUAAUAUGGGGUUAAACAUGGGGGAUCAAGAUCAAAUGAUGAUUCCUUUUGAGGAAUUGAGUGGAGGAACUGGAAAUGGAAGGGAAUUGGGUGAGAUUCGUCAUGAGAAUAAUAACAGAUCUUCACUUCUUUGGGGAUUUCCAUGGCAGUUUGGGGAUGGAAAUAACAGUAUGGGAGUGGAUGUUGAUCCAAGAGGAAGCUGGAAUGGAAUAGGAUCAUCUUGGCAUGGACUUCUUAAUAGCCCUCUGAUGUAGUUUUAUUUUUAUCAACUUGGAGAUCACAAAGAUGAUGAAGAAGAAGAAGGGGAGGAGAAAAAGCAUCAUAGUUUCAACCUUUUUUUAGUUUGUAAUGACAUGAGUUUAUUUACUCAUGAAUCAUCUCUAAUUAUUAAUUAAUUUUCUUUUUUUUUUUUUUUGAGAGAGGGGGAAAGGAAAUUAAGAUGUAUCCUUGGUGAAAUUUAGUGAAAUUUUAAUUAUUAUUGUUUAACAAUCCAAACAAUCUUUAGC